AUGAAGGAUACACAUGGUGGAAUACAUUCGGCUACCAAUAAAAUCAAAUCAUGCACAUCCAAACAGCGUAAAAAAGAACACAUCAAUGAACAAGGAAUUCAACAGCAUCAGAUGAUUGAUUCCAAUAGUGGAAUAAUUUAUGAUCUCACAAACAGCUCAUCAUAUGCAGUCAAUAAUUGCGAAACUAAAGAAAAAGCACCUAUCAAUCAAGUAUCACUUACAACUCUUAAAGGAAACUAUGGUUGGCCUAAAACUAUUUUCGGAAAUACGUCCGCACAAACUGAUCUUGAAAAAAUAACCGGCACUCCAAACACUACUAUUUCAAGUGAGAUAUUCGAUCAUCGUGCGGACGAUCAAGUAACAGUUACGACUCUUAAAAGAAAACGUGGUCGACCU